AUGCCACUAGGAUUCACUGUAACUCCAGCCCAGAGCUUCGUCAACUGCCUGAUUGUGAUAUUAACGUUUGUGAAGGUUCAGGAGAUGUCUUCAGCAGCAAUAACCCGAAACCAAGCAGGUGCGGUGAAGAGCUGGACAAGGACAAACAGCCAACACAAGUACAGGGUCAAGUGGCAAGAGUCAGAUCUGACAAUGCUUACUCCAAUGUUGGGCUUGAGGUACAGUGGAGAGACUGGACUGGGCAAUCGAGUGACCAAACAGCAAUUCCUCUACUGCAGCAUCGGAAUUGGAUUCCAUCUCCAGAUCCUCCCCAGUGGCAGAGUCAAUGGAGCUCACGAAAGCAAUGACUACGGUGUUAUGGAGCUAUUUCCAGUGAAGAUUGGGAUUGUUGCCAUUCGAGCUGUGGCCACUCGACUGUUUCUUGCAAUAACCAAACAAGGAAUGUUGUAUGGGUCGGAAACCUUCACUGAGGACUGUCUGUUUAACGAGCGGAUGGAGGAGAAUUAUUACACCACAUACUCGUCACACACACAUCCCCGACUCUACGUGGCAUUAACCAAAAGGGGAGGGGCUAAAAAUGGCAGCAAAGCCCACCUUCACCACCCCAGUACACACUUCAUCCCGCGGUUAGUCAUGAACUCCUGA